AUGAAGACCACCACUUAUGUUUCCGCUCUUCUCGGCCUGGCCUCCGCUGUCAGCGCUCACUACACCUUCGACAAGCUCACCCUUGGUGGCCAACAGGAGGGUACUGAUAACCAGUACAUCCGCAAGCACCAGAACGGCUACAUGCCCACCAAGUUCAAGGGCAUUCCCGAUGGUUCCAUCUCUCCCACCGACAAGGACUUCACCUGCAACAAGGGCUCUACCCCCUCUACCGGCGUCUUCAAGGUCAAGGCCGGCGACGAGAUUGGUCUCAAGCAGGCUUUCGGCGGUACUGGAAUGCAGCACCCUGGUCCUAUCCAGGUCUACGCUGCUCCUGUCAAGGACGCUACCAGUGACAGCCCCUAUGACCUCAAGUGGUACAAGAUUCACCAGGCUUUGAUCUGCAAGUCUGGCAAUGCCGAGUCUCUCCGCUCCACUGCUUGGUGCUCUUGGGACGAGGACUCUGUCCACUUCAAGAUCCCUUCUACUCUUCCCGACGGACAGUACCUCCUCCGUGGUGAGCACAUUGGUCUCCACGGUGCUCACGCCGGCGAGGCUGAGUUCUACUAUGCUUGUGCUCAGGUCGAGGUCACUGGUAACAGCGCCACUAGCAUCCCCGGUACUUCUGUCUCUAUCCCCGGUGUCUACAAGCAGGACGACGCUGCCGUCAACUUCAGCCUCUGGGGAAGCUCUACCUCUUACGAUGUCAUGCCUGGUCCUGAUGUCAUCCCCGGUGGUACCAUCCGUGGUUCUGCUGACGGUGCUGGCGGUGAUGUUACCAAGACUGUUGAGGGCGGUUCUGACUCUGGUUCUGACUCUGGCUCCGACUCUGGCUCCGGUGCUUCUCCCACCGAGGGUUCUGCUCCUGCUUCUACCGCCCCUGCUUCUUCUACCGAGUCUUCUGCCGCUCCCGUUGUCCCUGAAAUUCCUGACUCUCCUGAGACCACUCCUCAGCCUACCCCCGUUGCCGCUGAGACCACUCCUCUCCCUUCUGCCGGUAACGGUACAGGCAGCGGAUGCUCUUCUGGCUCUUACAAGGCCCGCCGCCACGCUCGCCACUUCGCUGCUCACCGUCUCUAA